AUCUCUGUCCUGUCAUAGGUUAAACAGGGGUGUCAAUCUUCGUUGUGCCCAUUUGAUUGGCUGAGAAACGAACACACACAAACUGGAUCAACUUUACGGUAAGCAGGACGGAGAGCGGACCAGAGAAUAUCCUCGAAGUGGGACAUUUUUUUAUACUGCUGUUACUUGCCAGGAACUGAAGAUGAUCGAGGUGGUUUGCAACGAUCGCCUGGGCAAGAAAGUCCGGGUCAAAUGCAACUCUGAGGACACCAUUGGAGAUCUAAAGAAGCUCAUUGCUGCCCAGACAGGAACACGAUUUGACAAGAUUGUACUAAAGAAAUGGUAUACCAUAUUCAAGGACCACGUGUCUCUCGGUGACUAUGAAAUCCAUGAUGGGAUGAUGGAGCUGUACUACCAGUGCCACAGGAGGACCCCCCCCCCCCCCCUCAACUGCAUCUACAGACGACCCUUUUAAUUACACACACACACACACACACAAAGAUGGUAUCCCUUGAAUCUGUUGCAGGAAACCAACAUGAUCAAACAACCCAACUGAUGGAGAGAAGGCGCAGUAUCUACAGAGCA